UGACUUCUCCCGCCUCCCACCGGUUGUCGUAAAAGGGUGAAUGGAGUGCGAGUUGUGGGGGAGAAAAAGGGAGGCCCGGGGGCACGGAGUCAGAGUGGCGCAGCAAGUGGCUGCAGGUGGCGGCGGCGGCGGCGGUGGUCGGGGAGUGAGGUAGUGCGCGGUGCGCGCCGAGGAGCAGCAGGAGGAGGAGGAGGCCAAGGGCGUCGGAAGUCAAGCCGAGCUGCAGCCCGUCCGGCGGGCUCGGGGGGCCGCGCGGAGCCCCUACCCUAGGACAUGGACCUCAACCGGAUCAUCCAGGCGCUGAAGGGCACCAUCGACCCUAAGCUGCGGAUUGCGGCCGAGAACGAGCUCAACCAGUCCUACAAGAUCAUCAAUUUUGCCCCCAGUUUGCUUCGAAUCAUCGUCUCUGAGCACGUGGAAUUCCCAGUGCGUCAGGCAGCUGCCAUCUACCUGAAGAACAUGGUGACGCAGUACUGGCCAGACCGGGAGCCUCCGCCAGGAGAAGCAGUAUUUCCGUUCAACAUCCACGAAAACGACCGCCAGCAGAUCCGCGACAACAUCGUGGAAGGCAUCAUCCGCUCGCCGGAUUUGGUGAGAAUCCAGUUGACCAUGUGUCUCCGCGUCAUCAUCAAACACGACUUUCCGGGUCACUGGCCGGCGGUGGUGGACAAGAUAGGCUGUUACCUGCAGUCACAGAGCAGCAGCAGCUGGCUGGGCAGUCUGCUGUGUCUGUAUCAGCUGGUGAAGACGUACGAAUACAAGAAGGCGGAGGACAGGGAGCCUCUGAUAGCAGCCAUGCAGCUAUUUCUGCCUCGGAUCCAGCAGCAAAUCCUGCAGCUCCUGCCCGACGCCUGCCAUUACUCCGUGUUACUGCAGAAGCAGAUUCUCAAGAUCUUCUAUGCGCUCGUGCAGUACGCACUGCCCCUGCAGCUGGUCAACAACCAGACCAUGACCACGUGGAUGGAGAUCUUCCGCUCAGUCAUCGACCGCCCGGUGCCUCCCGAGACCUUGCAGAUUGACGAGGACGAUAGACCAGAGCUGGUGUGGUGGAAGUGUAAGAAGUGGGCCCUGCACAUCGUGGCGCGUCUCUUUGAACGAUAUGGAAGCCCAGGAAAUGUCACAAAAGAAUACUUUGAGUUUUCUGAAUUCUUUUUGAAAACCUAUGCGGUGGGAAUUCAGCAGGUCCUAUUAAAAAUUUUAGACCAGUACAGGCAGAAAGAAUAUGUAGCUCCUCGCGUUCUUCAGCAGGCGUUCAACUAUCUCAACCAGGGAGUGGUCCACUCCGUGACCUGGAAGCAGUUGAAACCACACAUGCAGAACAUCUCUGAGGAUGUGAUUUUUUCAGUGAUGUGUUACAAAGACGAGGAUGAGGAGCUGUGGCAGGAAGAUCCCUACGAAUACAUCAGGAUGAAAUUUGAUAUUUUUGAAGAUUAUGCUUCUCCCACCAUGGCAGCCCAGACUCUCUUAUACACUGCUGCCAAGAAAAGGAAGGAGGUACUGCCCAAAAUGAUGUCGUUCUGCUACCAAAUCCUCACGGAUCCGAACUUUGACCCGAGGAAGAAAGACGGGGCCCUGCAUGUGAUUGGCUCCCUGGCUGAACUGUUGCUGAAGAAGAGUUUAUUCAAGGACCAAAUCGAGUUGUUUCUGCAGAACCACGUGUUUCCGCUGUUACUGUCUAACCUGGGGUAUCUUCGAGCUAGAUCGUGCUGGGUACUCAAUGCAUUUAGUUCUUUGAAGUUUCACAAUGAGCUCAACCUAAGAAAUGCUGUUGAAUUAGCCAAGAAGAGCCUGAUUGAAGAUAAGGAGAUGCCAGUGAAGGUGGAAGCCGCGCUUGCCCUGCAGUCCUUAAUUUCUAAUCAGAUACAAGCUAAGGAGUACAUGAAGCCACAGGUGCGGCCCAUUAUGCAGGAGCUGCUGCACAUUGUCCGGGAGACGGAAAAUGAUGACGUCACGAACGUGAUCCAGAAGAUGAUCUGUGAAUACACCCAGGAGGUGGCCUCCAUCGCCGUCGAGAUGACCCAGCACUUGGCUGAGAUAUUUAACAAGGUUCUUCAGAGUGAUGAAUAUGAAGAAGUAGAAGACAAAACAGUAAUGGCAAUGGGGAUUUUACACACCAUUGAUACUAUCCUGACGGUGAUGGAAUAUCAUAAGGAGAUUCUGCAGCAGCUGGAGAGUAUCUGCCUGCGCAUCAUUGAUCUGGUUCUCCAGAAGCAUGUGAUUGAGUUUUACGAAGAAAUUCUCUCCCUGGCGUACAGUUUAACCUGCCACACCAUCUCCCCUCAGAUGUGGCAGCUCCUGGGAAUACUGUAUGAGAUUUUUCAUCAGAGCAGCUUUGAAUAUUUCACAGACAUGAUGCCUCUCCUACAUAAUUAUGUGACCAUAGAUACAAAUACUUUCCUGGCAAAUCCAAAAAAUUUAGAAAUCAUUUUCACCAUGUGUAGAAAGGUGCUGUAUGGAGAGGCAGGAGAAGACGCAGAGUGCCACGCAGCCAAGCUGCUGGAAGUGAUCAUCCUUCAAUGCAAGGGAAGGGGCAUCGACCAGUGCAUUCCGCUCUUCGUGCAGCUUGUGCUGGAGAGGUUGACGCGCGGGGUCAAGACGAGUGAGCUCCGCACCAUGUGUCUUCAGGUCGCCAUUGCCGCCCUGUACUACAGCCCCGACCUGCUGCUGCACACGCUGGAGCGGAUGCAGCUGCCUCACAACCCUGGGCCAAUCACUGUGCAGUUUAUAAAUCAGUGGAUGAGCGACACCGAUUAUUUCCUUGGGCAUCAUGACCGGAAGAUGUGUAUAAUAGGACUGAGCAUUCUUUUGGAACUGCAAAACCGUCCUCCUGCAGUAGAUGCUGUGGUGGCCCAGAUCCUCCCCUCAAUCCUCUUCCUUUUCCUUGGCCUAAAGCAGGUCUGUGCGACUAGGCAAAUGUUAAACCAAGAGGAUCGUUCAAAAAUGGAGAAAGCUGACAUGGAAGAGAACGAGGAGAUUUCAAGUGAUGAAGAGGAGACGAACCCUAGCACGCAGGCCAUGCAGUCGAGCACUGGUCGAGGGGAAGAUGAGGAUGAGGAGGAGGAGGAGUGGGAUGAUGAGGUCCUGGAGGAGACGGCCCUCGAGAGCUUCAGCACGCCACUCGAGUGUGUGGAUGAGUAUCAGUUUUUCACGCAAGCUCUGCUAACCGUGCAGCAUCGGGACGCUGCCUGGUAUCAGCUGCUGACGGCACCGCUCAGCGAGGACCAGAGGCAGGCGCUGCAGGAGGUGUAUUCCCUGGCAGAGCACCGGAGGACGGUGGCAGAAGCCAAGAAGAACAUUGAACAGCAGGGAGGCGUCACAUUUGAGAACAAGGGAGUCUUGUCGGCGUUUAACUUUGGGGCCGUGCCCAGCAGCAACUGAGGCAGGGACAACGCAGAGCACAUGCUGGCCACGAUGCCCUGGGCACUAGAGUGUGAGUGCCAAGGGCUGGGAGUUGGGCGCUGCAGCACGGGGCGUCCUGUCCUACUGGGCCGGGCCGCACCGCACCUGGCUUUAGGCCUCACUUUGCCCUCUCCCCCUUGGACCUUCCUCACGUCACAGUCUGCGUUCUGAGUGGCCACUGCAGUGCGGGACAACCAGCAGAGUGGCGGGUCGAGGAGGACCCAGUGCAGAGCUGAUGCUGCCGUGGUGCUGGCGACCGGCGUGGACUGGGAACUCCCAGGUUCUGGCCGGGAGGCUUGGUGGAUGUAUGCGGAUAACAGUGCCUUCUGUCAUACAUGAAUUAUCAGAGUUCUCUGGUGUGCAUUGCAGAUGUUUUUUAAGCCGAAAAUGUGUUUCUAGAAACAGUGUGAACUUUGGUUUUAUGUCGGUGUGUUCUGCAUCAGACCCUGUGAGUUCACGUAGUCACCAUGACUCUCUGGCUCCACAAGCUUCGCAGUUUUCUCUGCUCAGCCUGCCGCUGGAGCUCUCAGGGCUUGCAGCACACGCACUGGCCUUGGGUUUUCAGACGUUUUGUGGCUUUCUUAACAAGUGUCUUAGCUCCCGCCCCCCCACUGUAUCUCUGCCUUGAUGAUGAUUUUGGGGUUAACCAUAUGUGUAUCAAUUCCGUUCAUAACCUGGUAAAUGCAGGACUCGGCAGCCUGUGGCCUGGGCCCUUGGCUCACUGGAGGCAGCCAUGACUGCAGGUGCACCCUGAAUCUGGGACUUCCUGUGCCCUGAUGAGUUUUCCUAAAGCACAUUGAGCUUCCAGGAGAAAGGGGCUGCCUGGUAACCUUUGUCCCUGGGAGGGGACUUGCAUCGUCGGUUCCUUGCCAUUCCAGCUGUGUCAGACCAGGGUCCAAAGCCUUUUGUAAUGCUACAUUUUAUUUUCCUAGCAAAAACCCAAAUCAAUCUGAUGUCUCACUUCCUCCCAUGAGCAUUGCCUCCUGCCUCCUUGGUUUCUGUCUUUAUUGCAGGUCAGUUCUCAGGGGGUCCAUGUGAUGGUUAGCUGUGUUCUUGGGGAACCCUUGCCCUCUUGCAGCCUGGGAGACAAUGUGGGUGGAGGCCACAGCUGUUCCAAGCUGGCUCAAGACCUGGAUCUGGGCGGCAGCAUCCUUGGCCAGCAAAGCGACGCUGUCUCUUGAGCAUGGCAUGUCACUGGGUGUGAUGCGGUAUUUCCGUUUUUGUGAAAGGCCUGCAGCUUGAAGCACCCGUUUGUGUCUGGAGAAAAUUUUUCCAGGUGCUUCCCUUAUUACCAACCAUUAUAGUCACAUUAACACUUUUUAAAAUGUUAGGGUAAAUAAUUCUUAUGGAAUUAAAGAGGCCGUGCAUUUCUUUGGAGGAGCACAGUCCCUUGCUGUUUCGGCCUCCCUUCCCAGGGCCUCGGGGCUGAGUGGGGGAGGCAGAGGGACGUGGCAGUGGGGCAUCCGAGAGGGCUGCACAGCUGUGUACUC